AUUGCACAGCUGAUCAGUGUUCCCCGAUGGACGACGUAUGUAUUUGUCGUCUUAUCGCGCUCCAUCACCUUGCAAUCUUUUCAUCAUUAAAUAACAAUAAUAAUAUAAAAGGUGAUUUAUCUACAGUUAACUCCUACGCAAUUUUUGUAAGAAAAACUACAAAAAGUAUUUUGAUUUUGUGAUUGUGAAGGUGCUUACAUCUGGACGUCUCGAUGAUCGUCGUCUGGUAGCGUCCACCAGGAUAAUGGGGUCCUACGAUGGGAGAGUGCCACUGCUCUAACAUCGCCAUCAUGCAGCUAUUUCAUGAGCUGAAACAACAAUUUCCUGCUCUACCAGAUCACGUUGUGGCACAGUGCAUUGCCCAGAAUAGUUAUGACCGUGAGAUAUGUACAAAAAGUCUCCAAGAAACUCAACAAACACGUCCAUCACCUGGGGCAUUUCCACCACCAGCACCAUCACAACAACGUCGUGAUAAUUCUGUACCAUUAAUUAUUAAUAAUCAUAAAAAAUAUCAACAAUUACGUGCAAAUAGACCAGUAUCACUUGAUAUUGAUCCAGCACAUGAAAAUUUAUCGAAAAAUCGUUCACGAAUACAACCACCACCAUCACCGCCACCACCACUAUCAGCAUUAAAUUCAACUAAUUUAAAACCUGCACCAUUUUCUGCUCCUCCAACUGUUACAGUUGGAAAUUUUUUUGAUGAUUUACAUCAAUCAACACCAAUUAAAAAAUUAAAUAAUAAUGACUGCUUAAAAUUACCAAUUGAUGAAAAAUUAAAUGAAAAAUGUGAUAAUAUUAAAUUUGAUAAAACAUCAGGAUUUGAAGUUAAUGUUAAUGUUGCUUGUAGUCCAUCAGCUGGUCAUAUUGAUAAAAAAUCAAUUGAUACAAAUAAACAAACAAACAAUGAUUCAAAUACAAGAAGUUAUACAUCAGUUAGUUUAACACUUAGACCACCAUCAUCUGAUCCACAAGCACCAAUUGAUAUAAGAUCAAAAGGUUCAAGUUUAACAUACUCAAGUUCAUCAUUAGAUCCUCGAGGUUUUCAGAGUCGAUUACAAAUAAGUAUUAGUCCAGCAAAUGUUGGUAGUGUUGCUUCAACAAGAAUAAGACCAACAAACAAUAGCAUGAGACCAAAUUCAUUGAUUCCUGUUAUUCAGGAAGCUAUUCAAAGACCAACAGGACUUCCAACUGGUAAUUUGAGCCAAUUGUCAAGACCAACAAUGACAAUGUCUGCCCCAACGACACCUUCAGCACCAACGAAUAAUAAUUCAACAAAUAGCUUGCCAACGACACCCUCACUUUUUCAAUCAAUAUUGUCAUCAGAUACAAAAUGGGAACAUCAAGAAACUAAAGAAAAUAAUCCAAAUCAAUCUCCUUUGAAUAAAGUGUCAGAACAACAGAGAGAACUUGUUUUCCAACAACUUAUCAGAAAAGACAAACUGGCAAAAGAACUCAAAGCCGAGAAAGUGAGACUUGAAACAAUGAAAAAAGAAUUACAAUCAUUGAGUGAAGCUAUGAAAAGAGAACAACGACUGAGAGAUCCUCUUGAUCGUUCAAUUUCACCAGAGACGUUUAAGAGAAAAAUUGAAAGUGAUAUUUAUCAACUUCAAGAAGAGUGUAAAAUAUUAACUGCCAAAGUUGACAAAACGACAGAUCCAAGAGUACCACUUGGUGAAACAAAUGAGGAAUUUUAUCAAGGAAUAUAUACUGGUCAAACAUUAAAUUUUACAAAUUUUAUAACAUCAUCAGUAGCACCACCACCACCAGCACCAUCAUUGCCCAGUGUUCCACCAGUCUGGCAAAUACCAACACAAAAUCAAGACAAUGAUAAUAAUCGUGAUGGACCCUCGUGGGUUUGUCGUAUGUGUACCUUUAAUAAUCAUCCAUUAAUGGACAGUUGUGAGCAAUGUGAUAUGCUCAGAUUUUCGGAUCAUGAUACAGGUACAAAGCCUGAAUCAAAUCCAAUACCUGUUGAUGAUAAUCAGCCUUCAAUGUCCUUUCAACCUGAUCAUUUUAAUCAACCAAGCUCACGAGUUUAAUUUACAAGAAUAAUAAACAAUUUUUUUUAUUAUUAUUAACUAUGCAUGAAGCUACUAUUUUUUAAUUUUUUUUGUGUGGUUUUUAGCUUAUAAGUCCGUCCGAAAUAUUUUGUGAUAGUCUUUUUUUUUUUUUUUUACUGUUAUUAAUUUUUUUUCUAUAGUUAAUUAAAAAUAAUCAACUAAGUUUUUUAUUUAAAAUAAAUAAUUGAGUGUGCAAAUAAUAAUAAAAAGAAAUUAUUAAAUUUAAUUUGAUAAUGAAUAUUUUAUUUGUUUAUAUAAUUUUAGUAUUAUUAAUAAUAAAUGAAAAAUGUAAAAUAAAUUUUAGGAGAG